UCAUGGCUUCUUCAUGCAAGAUAAAGGACCAGUUUCAUGAAUUCUUCCAAAUGUUAAGAUGUUUAAAGAAUUCACCACCACUGCACAAGUUGCCAUCAAUGCAAGAAUGGGUUGAAAAGAUUGUUGAAUACAACCUAAAAGGAGGCAAAAUGAACCGUGGCAUGGCUGUUGUGGAAAGCUUCAUGAUUUUAAAAAAUCACCAAGUAUCAGAAGAAGAGAAGAACACAGCCAUAGCACUUGGCUGGGCUGUUGAGAUGUUGCAGGCAUUCUUCCUUGUUGCAGAUGACAUUAUGGAUGGUUCUCUCACGAGAAGAAUGAAGCCGUGCUGGUAUCGCACGAACAAUCUUGGAGUUAAGGCUUUCAAUGACUCCAUAUUGUUGGAAAGCUUGAUUUAUCAAAUAGUCUCAUCUUAUUGUAAAAAUCAGCAUUAUUACCUUCCAGUGCUGGAACUGUUCCAUGAUGUUACCAUGAGGACCUCGCUGGGACAAGCAAUGGAUUUACACUCUGCACCAAAUCCGAAUGAAGCCCCUGACCUAAGCAAAUUUACAGUGGAAACCUACGAUGCUAUCGUGAAAUACAAAACAGCAUAUUAUUCGUUCUACCUUCCAGUGGCUGUCGCAAUGCGUUUGGCGGGAAUACAGGAUAACGAUCUUUUGAAGCGGGCGGAAGAUAUUUUGUUGCCCAUGGGGCGUUUUUUUCAAGUCCAAGACGAUUACUUAGACUGUUUUGGAGAUCCUGAGAUAACAGGUAAAAUUGGCACAGACAUUGAAGAUGGGAAGUGCUCCUGGCUAAUCGUAACAGCCCUGCCGAUGUGUGAUUCGGCUCAGCGACAGUUAAUUGAAGCACAUUAUGGUUUGAAAAACACUGAAUCUGUGAACCUCGUGAAGUCGUUAUAUCAACAGUUCGACAUCCCUAAACUGUAUACUGAAUAUGAAGAGCGCAGUUACAAGGAGCUAACACAAAUGAUAGAAGGAAUUAAACAUCAACUACCAACUUCCAUAUUCCAAGGGUUUAUGGAGAAGAUUUACAAGCGAUUGAAUUGAAGGAAAUUGAGUUAAAUCUUAAUCAACGUCAAUUUCGAAGCGACGACUAUAAAUCAUGACAACGACUUUACAGAAUGAAAGCCGGUUAACUCGUUAAACUCGGACAAAUCGCUGUAGUCAACAAAGCCAAAUUUAUUUGCUUAGCACGACAGAAUAUACUGGUAGUUUAUCAUGAA